UCGUCUACCAGAGACUACCACAGACAGAGACACCACUCUCUCAUCUCAUCUUAUCCUCUCUCUCUCUCUCUCUCUAUCUCUUCCCGAUGCCGCUUUAAUCCAUCUCGGUCGUCGACGAUGUCGAUUACGUACGCUGUCUCAUGGGCAGAUGCUGGUACCCUUUCGGCGAUUUCGCCAAAAAGUGUACAUUUUGCUAUUCAAUGCUCACCCAGGAACCAAUUUAUCAAUCCCAACUCGUCUUCUUCUAGUUUCGGAUUCUCUGCUUGUCUUCAGGGAAGUAGCAUACUUCAGCUGGAUUCUAGGCUUGUGCUUUGUAAAAGGCGUCAACCUCUUCCUUUUGUUGUGAGAAGUAGUGAUCAUCCUCAGAACGCAGACCCACCUAAGCAGUACUCCAAGAGAGAGAAGAAACCCUUUCCCGUUCCCAUCGUCGACCUGAGACGCGCCGCGAGGGAGAGAGUCAAGAACAACAAAGACAAACCUAAGAGACCUCUCCCUCCUCCUAAAAACGGUAUGCUCGUCAAGUCCCUUGUGCCUCUCGCUUACAAAGUCUACAAUGCGAGAAUCAGACUCAUCAACAAUCUCCACCGCCUCAUGAAAGUUGUUCGUGUUAACGCUUGUGGGUGGUGUAAUGAGAUCCAUGUUGGACCUUACGGGCAUCCGUUUAAGUCAUGUAAAGGUCCUAGUGCUUCUCAAAGGAAAGGUCAUCACGAAUGGACAAACUCUGUCCUCGAAGACGUGAUCGUCCCUCUCGAAGCUUAUCACCUCUACGACCGCCUCGGCAAUCGCAUCCGUCACGACGAGAGAUUCACCAUCCCUCGAGUCCCCGCUCUAGUUGAGCUCUGCAUCCAGGGAGGCGUUGAGAUCCCCGAGUUCCCAACCAAAAGGAGGAGAAAACCGAUCAUCCGCAUCGGCAAAAGCGAGUUCGUCGACGCUGACGAAACCGAACUGCCUGAUCCCGAGCCUCACAUUCCUCCGGAGCCACUGUUAACCGAGUCACCUCCCUCGGAGAUCGCUCCACCUUCCAGCGGAGAAGAGACGGUCUCCCUUGCGGAAGAGACUUUGCAGGCGUGGGAAGAAAUGAGAGGGGGAGCCAAGAAGCUGAUGAGGGCGUACAGGGUUAGAGUCUGCGGGUACUGUCCUGAGGUCCACGUGGGACCCACGGGACACAAGGCGCAGAACUGCGGUGCGUUCAAGCACCAGCAGAGGAACGGCCAGCAUGGCUGGCAGUCUGCGGUGCUCGACGACUUGAUACCGCCGAGGUACGUUUGGCAUGUUCCUGAUGUGAAUGGCCCGCCGAUGCAGAGGGAGCUGAGAAGCUUUUAUGGGCAAGCGCCUGCUGUUGUGGAGAUAUGUGCGCAGGCUGGUGCGGAAGUGCCUGAGCAGUAUAGAGCUACUAUGAGACUGGAGGUUGGGAUACCUUCGAGUGUUAAAGAAGCUGAAAUGGUCGUUUGAUUUUAUGUUUAUAGGAUAUCACUGCUUCUCUGUUACCACCACAAUCUAAUUUGAGAAUUAUGGAAUGACAUCUUUGCAGUAGAUAAACACUGUGUAUGCAUCUAAGAACAACUUAAACAGAUUUGUACACUUGCUUAUUUCUACAUGUUAGGAGUCUUCGGAUAUUACUGGUAGUCACAUUGUU